AUCUAGACACAAAUAUAAAGUAUAUUUCAGAUUCAGAAUAUAUAAAGACAGGUGAAAGUAAAAGUGUAGCGCCUGAAUUCCUGACAUAUGAACGAUCCCAAUGGACUCUAAGAAGUUUUCCUCAAGAAAUUAGAAACUGUUACAAUAUAAGUGCCAUUAAAGACACUAAAUAUUUGAUUCGAGCAAGUUUCUUGUAUGGAAAUUAUGAUGGGCUCAACAAAACUCCUAAAUUUGAUCUGUAUUUGGGCAAUACUCGAUGGACAAGAGUGGAUGAUAGCUACUACACAGAGAUGAUCCACACACCUUCAACAAAUAAAUUGCAAAUCUGUCUUAUCAACAUUGGCCAGGGAACACCAUUCAUCUCAUCUUUAGAGUUCAGAGAACUUCCUUAUCUCAGUUACUUUACUUUAUAUUCCUUGUACCUUUAUAGUCGAUACGAUAUGGGGUCAAUAACAAAUGAGCAAUACAGGUUCGGUUCAUAUCACUAUCCUUUAACAAUAAUUUGUUUGAGAGUAGUUUUGAAAGGUUAAAAUCACUCUUAAACAUAUCUGUAUUCAUUUGAAUAUAAAAAUGACCUUCAAAAGUUGAACAUAUUUUGAAUGAUUCCAGACAUGUUCAUAGUAGUUUCGAACCUGAUUUAAAUAAUUUUAAAAUCACUCUCAAACAUGAAUACUAACGAAACAUACUCGUAUGUGUAAACAUGGUGUGUUUUCUUUAGGUAUCCUGAUGAUAUUUACGAUCGAGCAUGGGAAGCAUACAAUGAUGAUAACUAUGCAACACUAAGUACCUCUGAUUCUGUAGAUGCUUAUGGUUCUAAUAGUUUCCAACCAGCGCCCAUAGUCAUGAAAACUGCUGCGACUCCAAAGAAAGGGUCCAAGUACCUUAAUUUCACAUGGUACUCAGCAAACGAUAAUGAUAACUUUUAUGCAUAUAUGCACUUUGCUGAACUUGAAAAGCUUCAGAGCAACCAAUUCAGAGGAUUUAACAUCACUCAUAAUGGGGAACAUUGGGAUGGGCCUAUUAUUCCUCGAUAUUUAAGCACAACAACAUCUUAUGAUAUUUUUUCAACUAUACAGACAGCAUCAACACACCAAUUUUCACUCUUCCCAAUAGAAAAUUCAACUCUUCCUCCAAUCAUGAAUGCUUUAGAAAUUUAUGUUGAGAUGCAGAUCUCCGAACUAGAAUCAUACAAUGGUGAUGUGGAUGCAAUCAGUAACGUUCGAUCAACUUAUGGCGUAAUAAAAAAUUGGGAAGGGGAUCCAUGUGUGCCAAGAGCAUAUCCAUGGAGUGGUUUGAGCUGCAGUACUGAUUUAGUCCCUAGAAUCAUAUCACUAAACUUGUCUUCAAGCGGAUUGAAGGGUGAGAUAUCUCUGUACAUAUUCAGUCUACCGAUGCUACAAACAUUAGAUUUGUCAAACAAUUCCUUGACAGGAGAAGUGCCUAAGUUUCUGUCCCAGUUGUUAUACCUCAAAAACCUAAAGUUAGAGAACAACAAUCUUUCAGGGUCUCUUCCACCUGAUCUUAUCAAAAAAAAGAUGAACGGUUCACUUACAUUAAGUGUAGAUGGUAAUCCAAAUUUAUGUACCUUAGAGCCAUGCACAAAGAUGACACCAGAGCAAAAGAAAAGCAACAAUAAUUUCAUCAUUCCAGUAGUAGCAGCAGUGGGUGGAUUGCUUGCGUUCCUCAUAAUCGCAGCGUUUAUUUAUUGGAUUACUAAAUCAAACAAGAAACGACAAGGUAAGGAUAACACUUUUCCAGUGGAUCCAGUUAGGUCCUUGGAGAAAAAGAGACAGCAGUUCACUAAUGCUGAAGUUGUGUUGAUGACCAACAAUUUUGAGAGGAUUCUUGGGAAAGGAGGUUUUGGGAUGGUUUACUAUGGAGUUCUAGAUGACACUCAAGUGGCUGUGAAGAUGAUUUCUCCAUCAGCAGUACAAGGCUACCAUCAGUUUCAAGCAGAGGUUACAAUUCUUAUGAGAGUUCAUCACAGAAAUUUAACGAACCUUGUAGGGUAUAUGAAUGAUGAGGGUCACCUUGGCCUCAUUUAUGAGUACAUGGCCAAAGGAAAUCUGGCCGAGCAUCUUUCUGAGAAAAGCUCCAAUAUACUAAGCUGGGAAGUCAGACUUCGAAUUGCAAUAGAUGCAGCGCAAGGACUGGAGUAUCUACAUCAUGGUUGUAAGCCACCAAUAGUCCACAGGGAUGUGAAAACAACAAAUAUCUUAUUGACAGAAAAUUUCAAUGCCAAGCUUUCUGAUUUUGGACUUUCAACUUACCCAACAGAUGACAAGUCCUACAUGUCCACUGUUAUUGUUGGCACUCCAGGUUACCUUGAUCCAGAGUACUAUACAUCAAACAGGCUAACUGAAAAAAGUGAUGUGUACGGUUUUGGAGUUUCCUUGAUGGAAAUAAUUAGUUGCAGACCAGUAAUUUUGGACACCCCAGACCGAGAAACGAAUUACAUAGUCAAAUGGGUUCAUGCCAUGGUUUCUCAGGGAGACAUCAAAAAUAUAGUUGACCCACGAAUAAGAGGAGCAUAUGAAAGUAACUCUGUUUGGAAAGCUGUGGAAUUAGCCUUGGCCUGUGUAUCAGUAGACUCCAAUCAAAGGCCAACGAUGAAUCAAGUAGUGAUAGAGUUAAAGGACUGCUUGACCAUGGAGUUGAGUCAGAGAUCGGAAAGCCGUCCAAUGGAAUCAAAAGACUCCAUCGAAAUGAUGUCCAUAUCAAUGGUUAUGAAUGCCAGCCAUUCUAGUCCCAUGCCAAGGUGAAGAAAAUAUUCUAGGAACUGACUUUGCUUCAAUUAUUUUCUGGUUUCAACUUUCAGCUUCCGUUUGAACUAUUUGAAUUGGUUGUAUCCAAGCUUCAUCUCAUCUGUGGAGUUCAUGGCUGCCGUUUUAAGUCCAACGGCAAUGUGAAUAUCCGAUCAUUCAUGGACCUUGAUAAUAUCGAUCAUUUGGUUAUUGUAUCUUUUUUUAAACUGUGUUGGAGAAUAAAACACUAUGUUCACAUAGUACUAUCUACUAUGUUCAAUUUUUGCUAGUUAAAAAUAUAUUUAAACACUUUGAAUUGAGUUUUGUUUAUUCU